AUGUCCAACGCAAAGUACACUCCCGCGCCGACGAGCGACCCGGACGAGAGCACAAGCUACGCCCAGCCGCCCCCCGCCUACCAGGCCGAAGCCUCCGCGGCCGCCGACACCGAUCGCCUCUUCGGCGGCGGCGCCCCGCGCAGCAGCCAGGACGAUGACAUCCCCGACGACUUCAAGUUUGGCGGCUCCGUGGCCGAAGCGACAACCGACAUCCGCAACCAGUUCAUCCGCAAGGUCUACGCGAUUCUCACCGUCCAGCUCAUCGCCACCGGCAUCGUCUCCGCCCUCAGCUUCUGGAGCCAGAGCUACAAGACAUGGAUCCAGUCCCACCCAGGCCUCGUCUGGGCAUCCCUCCUCGGCUCCAUAGUCUUCAUGCUCCUCACCUACUGGAAGCGCAAGUCCUACCCGACAAACCUCCUCUUCCUCGGCCUCUUCACCCUCACCGAGGCCUACACCAUCUCCGUCAUCGUCUCCUUCUACAAGAUCGAAAUCGUCCUCAACGCAGUCGUCCUGACCGCCGGCAUCUUCGUCUUCCUCACCCUCUUCGCCUGCCAGACAAAGUACGACUUCACCUCCUGGAUGCCCUACCUCUUCGGCGCCCUCUGGGGCCUCGUCCUCUUCGGCUUCAUGGCCGCCUUCUUCCCCUACAGCUCCACUGGCGAGCUCGUCUACGGCGGCCUCGCCGCCCUCAUCUUCAGCGCCUACAUCCUCGUCGACACACAGCUCGUCAUGCGCAAGCACCACGUCGAGGAGGAGAUCGCCGCCGCCAUCAGCCUGUACCUUGACAUUAUCAACCUGUUCCUGGCUAUUCUGAGGAUCCUUAACAGCCAGCAGAACAACUAA